UCGUUCGUUCGUUCGUUCGGCUGGCGACGCGUCGGGUGACUAAAUUAAUGGCGCAUCGUUGACGUCUUGUUUAAAAUGACAAAUGGUGGUAGCGUAGGUUGUUCUCUUUCUAUCUCUCUCUCUCUCUCUCUGACUACUUGUAACAAGAUACAUCGAGCGUGAUACGAUGCGUAUAGAACGAACGACCCGUACAACGCGACGAAUUCGUUUUGUUGGCCGAAAUUGAGAGAGACAAAAGUAUAAUUAGCACGUUUAUAUUCGUCACUGAUCAUCGAGGAAAGUAAAAGAGUAAAGAAAAAAUAUCAUUUGUGCAGAUCACACAUGUUAGAAGUGAAACCUUGAAAAAACCAAGCUUCGAGAGAAUGAGACAAUUGUCGAGUUUUUUGACUUACUUCAAGGAUGUUAGUAUGCCAUAAAAGAAAUAACAAAAGGGUACAAAAGUAAAUGUAUAAUCUUUCUUGAUUGUAUAUGAAUAUGUAGCAUAUUUACAUCGUCAGUAAAGAGAUUAUCGUAGCUAGUGUGUAAGAUUUCAUAAUAAUGCAUGUCCGAUUAGGCACGGUACAUUAGGCGCUUGCUUUUCUACGCUCCAUCAAACGCACACCAAUGGUUCUGGAUGGGAGCGAGUUUAACAACCGAGCUAGGGGUUCUUGGGAAACCGGAAGCUGGUACUCCUGUAAAUAAUGAAGAAAAAGUGGAUAGAAUUACGAGAGAUGUACAGUUCUUAGAGCAACGUCCAAGACUAUGGUCAUCUUUUACAAAUUCUUGGAACAUUCCUGAUCUUUCAUCUAUCGGUGAUAUUUUCAAGGACGAUGAUAAGGAGGACGAUGAUGACAGUGAUGCAGAGAAAAUACCUGAUAUAAAUGAGAGGCUUGGAGGAUUGGAGGAAUCACAGAAAGAAAUGAUUUCGCUUUUGAAGAAAUUAUCCAAUGAUAUAUCAGCCAUGAAGGAUCAAAUGCAAGAACAAGAAAUAAAUAAAAAUCAACAGAGUCCGUAUACUUAUAUUAUUAUAAUUCACGAAGGAACAGACGUAAAAGUUCACAAUUUUACGAGUAGUACGUUCCUGACUAGUCCGCCUAUCAUAGAAACGUCCACUUUCCAGACAACUCAACAAACUCAAUCUCAAACAACCGAACAAAAUGAGAGCACUACUGUAAAUUCUAACGCUGAAAUCGAAGCAGUAUCGAUCGAAUCAAUUAGUCAAGAAAGUUCUACACCCAAUAUUAUUUCUAGUACAUCUUUUCCGUCAGAAACGGAAAUUCCAUCAACAACGUUAGAAACUCGAGCUGAAACAAUUGAACAAAAUGAGAGUACUACUGCAAAUUCUAAUGUUGAAACCACACAAGUAUCGAUCGAUUCGAAUAGUCAAGAAAGUUCUACGCCCAACAUUAUCUCUAGUACAUCUUUUUCGUCAGAAACGGAAAUUCCAUCAACAACGUUAGAAACUCGAGCUGAAACAAUUGAACAAAAUGAGAGCACUACUGCAAAUUCUAACGCUGAAAUCGAAGCUGUAUCGAUCGAAUCGAUCAGUCAAGAAAAUUCUACACCUAACAUUAUUUUAAGUACAUCUUUACCUGUUGUCAGUGAAACCACAGAGUAGUCGACUGUUUAAAUAUAUUAAAAUGUACCAAUUGUAAUAAAUAAUAAGUCGUAAAAUAAGUUAUACGC